AUGGUGGAUCCACUGGCCGCCGGUUUUCUCCAGCUGGAGAGCCAUUCGUGGGCGUAGGACGAGAGAGAGGAUCGGCGGCGGCGGCGUGUGGGAGAUGGCGCGCGAGAGGCGGGAGAUACGGCGGAUAGAGAGCGCGGCGGCGCGGCAGGUGACCUUCUCCAAGCGCCGGCGCGGGCUGUUCAAGAAGGCGGAGGAGCUCGCCGUGCUGUGCGACGCCGACGUCGCGCUCGUCGUGUUCUCCGCCACCGGCAGGCUCUCGCAGUUCGCGAGCUCCAGUGUGAAUGACAUCGUUGACAAGUACAGUACACAUUCUAAGAAUCUGGGGAAAUCACAUCAGCAGCCUUCUAUUGAUUUGAAUGUAGAGCAGAGCAAAUACAGCGGCUUGAACGAGCAACUUGCUGAAGAAACUAAUGGACUUAGACAGAUGAGAGGUGAAGACCUUGAGGGAUUGAGUGUAGAGGAAUUGCACCGAAUGGAAAGGAAACUUGAAGCAGGACUGCAUAGAGUGAUUAGUACAAAGGACCAGCUAUUCAUGCAACAAAUCGGCGAAUUACUGCAAAAGGGCACACAGCUAGAAGAUGAGAACAGGCGUCUAAAAGAACAAAUGCCUCAGGUGCUAACGGCUGGCACAAUUAAGGUGGUUGCUGCUGCUGCAGAAAAUAUCCUCACUGAAGACGGGCAGUCGUCUGAAUCUGUAAUGACUGCAUUGCAUUCAGGAAGCUCGCUCGACUGUGAUGAUGGUUCCGAUAUUUCCUUGAAGUUGUCGUUGCCUUGAAAGGAAGGACCAUCGCAUCGCAUGUUAUCUGCAUGAGUGGGGCUGACACCAGUGCUUCUAAGAAGACAAAGACUGGGAUAGUCCCAUUCGCGGCAUUAUAUUGGUUUAACCAGAUGUGCUGUCCUUGUGCAUGUCUGUACUUCAAAGUGGCUAACGCGAAAUUUGUAUAUAUAAUAGUGUAUGCGCUGCGUUAUCUUCGUUCUAAAAAUCUGUAUUGUUUCGUUGCUGGCGCUAUAUUGUUGGUGUAUUAUAUAUAUGCACUUAACUGUUAUCUAUACUAUUCUAUUAAAAAUAUAAUAUAGACAUCUGAUGCUA